AACAUUUCCAGCAGCAACUUGGCUGUUCCAAAGUCCUUGACCUCCUCUGAACUGCUCUGUGGCCCUGGUAUCUCCCAGGCUGAGCAGUGCUGGUAGUUGGAAAGUUUGAGCCAAAUAACAUCAGCUCUCCUGAUGUCUUCCAGCCUAACAGUACCUGGCUCUUCCUGCCCUGCACAGCCCCAUCCCCUGGCUAGACAGUCCUGUGGAGAUUCACCAGAGCCAAAGGAUUUGUGGGGAUCUGCUGAGUAGGUCCUGGAGGCUAGCAGGAAGCCAAGAGCUGGAACACAGGCCGGUGAGCUGGAGGGGGGUGGGAAAGCCUGUCCAGAAGGGACUCUGAAGGACCUCUGUUAAGUCUGAACAGCCACAGCAUCACACAGUUGGGAACCUGACUGCAAAACGUGGAGCCUUAAAGGAUGUGACUGGGAAAGGAACAAAACACCCUCUGUCAUGCCCCUGGGCUCUAUGGCCUUGGGAAUCCACAUUCUCCUUGCCUUGUUCCUGUGCACAGCUGGGAACACUGUUGGAUAUCACUGGGACCAGCUGAAGACAGUCAAGGACUAAGUGUGAACCAGCAAACUCUCAGAAGCAAAGGAGUUACUUUACUUUGGAAGCUGCAAUGGAAACACCUCCUAGGCAUUGGGGAGGGUGGUGCUGAUGCUGAUGAAAGCAGAUUCCUGACAUGAAUACCAGAUGGAAUGCAGCUGCUGCUUCAUGUGAGAAGCUGGAAGCCUUUGGGUUCCCCAUACCUCUCGCAGGUGCUGGGAAGCAGCUGCUCCUUCCAUAGUGCCAGGCAGGUCCUACAUCCAGCUCUGCAGUGUGUUAAACCAAACAUGCUCUGGUGAUUGGGCUGGGCAGAGUCUCCUGUCAAAUUAAUUUGUUCUGGCUACAAUUUUGUCUGCUUGGAAACUUGUCAUUUUCUAGCCUUUCAAGACCACCUCCCAGAGAGCAUGGGAAUUGUAUUUCAUGGAGCCUUUGAGCACUAACAUCGCUGCUCUCUGUGUGACCAUCUGAGACCAAACGAGCUGGACACAGCCAUGGGGGACUCUGCAGCAAAUGCUGUGGAUGGAGGCAUGGACACACAGACUGAACUGGUGGAGAGGGUGGCAGCCAUAGAUGUGUCUGUUGUCCCAGACAGAAGUGACCAAAAUGGUGAAGAAAAUGACACAGUCUUUUCUGAUAACAUAAAGGACAUCCAAAGAAAUGGAGUCAGCAGUGACAUGGGAAUCAAUGAACUUCUGCCUUCCCAACAGUCAGAAGAUGCUCACUUGAGGCAUAUUCCCAAGAGACCUCUAACUAGACCUGGUCUAUCAAGUAGGAAGUUGUCCCUUCAGGAAAGAUCAUCAGGAGGUUAUUUGGCUUCUAGCAACACUCCAGGUUGUGGCCCUUAUGCCACAGGGCCAUCACCACGUAUAAUGAGGAGACCAACAAUAGAGUCCAAUCGGGUCUCUAUAUCAGACUCUGAGGACUGUGUGCAAUUAAACCAGUACAAGCUGCAGAGUGAAAUAGGCAAGGGUUCCUACGGCGUUGUGAAACUGGCCUACAACGAGAACGAUGACAAGUAUUAUGCUAUGAAAGUCCUCUCCAAAAAGAAGCUCUUGAAGCAGUAUGGAUUUCCACGUCGGCCUCCUCCCAGAGGGUCAAAAGCAUCCUCCGGAGAGCAGCCCAAACCCAUGGCACCCCUGGACAGAGUCUAUCAGGAAAUAGCCAUCCUAAAGAAGCUGGACCACAUCAAUAUCGUUAAGCUGAUAGAGGUCCUUGAUGAUCCUGCAGAGGACAACUUGUACAUGGUGUUUGACCUCAUGAGGAAAGGGCCUGUCAUGGAGGUGCCCAGUGAGCAGCCCUUCAGCGAGGAGCAGGCUCGGCUCUACUUCCGAGACAUCGUGCUGGGCAUCGAGUACUUGCACUACCAGAAGAUCAUCCACCGGGACAUCAAGCCUUCCAACUUGCUCUUGGGAGAUGAUGGCCAUGUCAAAAUUGCUGAUUUUGGUGUCAGCAAUCAGUUUGAAGGGAAUGAUGCCCAGCUUUCCAGCACGGCAGGGACACCAGCCUUCAUGGCACCGGAGGCCAUCUCACAGACUGGCAAAAGUUUCAGUGGAAAGGCACUGGAUGUGUGGGCCAUGGGAAUCACCCUGUACUGCUUUGUUUAUGGGAAGUGCCCUUUUAUAGAUGAAUAUAUUCUGGGUCUUCAUAAUAGGAUCAAGACCAAGCCUGUGGAAUUCCCAGAAGAAGCACAGAUAAGUGACGAGCUCAAGGAACUGAUACUGCGCAUGCUCGAUAAAAGUCCAGAAACAAGGAUAACAGUCCCUGAAAUAAAGGUGCACCCCUGGCUGAGCAGGGGCGGCGCGGAGCCACUGCCGCUGGAAGAGGAGCACUGCUCCGUGGUGGAGGUCACCGAGGAGGAGGUCCAGAACUCUGUGAAGACCAUCCCCAGCCUGCCAGCUGUGAUCCUAGUGAAGGCCAUGCUAAGGAAACGCUCCUUUGGGAAUCCCUUCGAGGUCCAGACGAGGCGGGAGGAGAGAUCCAUGUCUGCUCCAGGGAACCUGCUGAUGGACAGAUUCCUCUUAAACACAUCUGUAUAUUUGCAUCCAUCUUUAAGAACACAAGGGAGCAGAGAAGCAGCCAGGGACCCGGAGCUGCCGGACGUGUGCGAGGACGAGGCCACGUCCUGAGGCCGCCCGGCUGCCGCGGGCAGGCCGCGCACGAGCCGCCGCCGCCGUGCCCAUCGUGGUGUCACAUCGCCCUCAUCACCCAGCCCGGGGCCUGCACAGCAAAUCCAGAACCAGACAAACCCACCUGAAACGGACCAAGCCAGAAAGCCAGGCAGGAGGAUCAGAGCAGCGCCGAGGAGCAGAGCGAGGCCCUGCAGCUCCUUGGGCAAGGUGUCCGUGGCUCCUCCGUGCGUGUGCCUUGCUCUCCACUCGUGCUUCACCUCGGGGCUCUGUCAGGGGUCUUGGCUGAGGAAUGGGGGUUCGUUUGUCUCAAGGGUCCUUUUCCCCCGGACACUUUGUCCUUGCGUUUUUGCGUUCUCUACUUCAAGCAUCAGGAAGAAAAAAAUGGCAUUGGAGCCAGGUUUUGUGUCAGAGGGCAACUGUUUUAUUUAAUGCACAGGUAAAGUACUUGUGUCCAUCAGGAGUCCUGCUCCUGGUGUGGAGUCAAUGGCAAAAUGCCUAUGGGUAUCAGUGAGGAUGAGAUCUUGCUGCUGGAGUGAACACUGUCCCUCCCUAUGCCUUUUUCUUUCUCUUUCUUCCCUUUUUCCUCUUACUCCUCAGUUUUGCACAGUCUCAGUCCUGCCCCCAGCUAUGGCUUUAGUCAGGGUAGUGCUGUAAAGCAGAGGAUUCCCUGGAUGUGCAAUGAGCCUUGGAGUGUCACAGAGCUCUGGAGCAUGGGGAUAUGCUGCUGCACACAACAGCUUAGUGCUCCAGGGACAUCUGCCAGGGCUGCACUUCCUAAAGAGCUGGGAAUGCACCCCCAUCAGCUGCACCCAGUCCUGCACCCAUGGGCCUUGUUCUCCAGCUGAAAAGAGUGGCAGGUUUGGGGCUUUAUUUUAUUUCAAUUCCUUCUCUUCACUCGUUUCUUGUGUACCUGAUGCUUUUAAACUUUAAUUUCCUGAAAAUGACCCAAACUGGGAGAGGUUCCUAGGAUGGAAAAUGUUCGUGGAGGGAUUUUGGAAAGCUACAGAGCACAAGUUCCCAACUUGAUCUUUUGAUUUUUUUUUUUAAAGGCUUUAAUUUUUAAUUUUAUUUUUAUGCAUGGGCUGAUGCUGCUAUUUUAUCCAUAGAUUGCUUCUAAACUUGGGGUUAGAAGCUUCAUCUCAACAGUUUGACAACAGGUAAGAGAUUGCACUUAAAAAGGCAAAUGCAAAAAGGCAAAUACAGCCAUUUCUGUGGCUGUUGACUGUAAAGACUGUGUGGAUAAUCAGGAAUUUCACUCUUCCAUUCAGAAAGUAAAAACCAGUGACAUCCAUCUGUCAAAAUAUGUGUCAUUAUUUUCCCUUGAGCUUUGUGGUGUCUGAACAUGCCCCUGGGAAGCCAGUGGGAUUGGAAUCUUAUUUUAUAGUACUUAAAGAAAGGACAUGAUUAAAUUUGGUUCCUACAUAAUCAUCUUAGUGUCUGUUUUUAGGUUAAUCCUGAGGACUUGGGACUUUGUUCCCUCAUUUUUUGUGCAGGGGGACACGUGUACGAGGGCUGUUGGUAGUGACUGGUAUAUCCUGGUGUUCCUGUUCUGUUUGCUGCAAUCCAAUUUGGUGGUUCCCAACAUUUCAUAGCUGGGCUUUGCUGCCAGUGCUUUUUGUCUGUCCCCAGCCUGUCACCUCCCCUCAGUCAUCCUCAGCCACGUCAGUGGGAUGCCCAGCAGUCACCAGCCUGGGCUCUUCCUCUCCUCUCACCUGUAAAUAUUGGCAAAAUGGGAAAUAACAUUGCAGCUUCUGCCUUUAAUGAAGGAGGCCUUUAAUGCUGAAAGCUGGCACUGCUGUUGGAUCCUGUAAAGGUUACUGCUGUGGGCCUGAGCUCUGCACUGCUGCCUCCAGGUGCUAAAUCCUGCCUGUUUGUGUCUGCACCAGCUGUGAGCUCAGCAUCUGCUGAGGAACCUGGUCCUGCACCAGGGGCAUGCCCUGAUGCUUCCCCCAGCCUGAGAGACAGCACCUUCUGCUUGGAUCCUGCUGCCUUGCAAUGAAGAUUUAAGUACCCAGAGGUAGAGAGUGAAAAUUCUGAAAGCACAGGGGGGGUUUGCAAAUGGGAAAGAUUGUCCAGGUGGAACCACUGCCUGUGGAUGUGACAGUCUCUGGAUAUAAACUGGUCUGUGCUGGGGUGCCACCAGCUCCUGCUGCACAGGAGCAAGCCAAGCUGGGCAAACUGUCCUCCAGUUUGUGGAAAAAACUACUUUCUCCAGCUGGUGUCCCCAGGACAGGGCCAGGGAGUGACCUUGGAACAAGGACACAUCCCAGGAACCUGCCCUACCCCAGGCAGAAAAGGGAGUUCUGGUAAUCCUGAUCCCUGUGGAACUUCUGAAGUCUAAGCAAUACCUGGGUUGCACUCAAAGAGAUCUAAGAGUGCAAACAUGAGGUUAGUUAUUGUAUUUUUAAUCUGUGGCAAGAAUAAUUUGCUAAUCCAGGCAGUUGGGGUUAUUUUAGUGAUGCCCAGGGGAUGGGAGCUGGUGGGGCAAGGCUGCAGGAAGGCUGUUCUCAGCCUCAAUUAAUGCAACCAAACGUCAUAAAUGAACUCCAUCUCGUGUUUCUUUAGUGGUACCUAAAUCCAUCGCUUCACUUUUGGAGGGGAAUGGAUGUUUUUUAUGAUUAUCUCAAAAUCUCCUCUGAAAUAUUUGUCCUUUCAGCUAAAACAAAUCCCUCUGGAGCUGUUCCCACAGGUCCAAGUACCAACCUCUUGAGUUGUGCAGCUGAGCUCUGAGCUCGUGUCACAAACAGCAGCCUGAAAACUUGCAUGAAAUGAGAUGAAGAAGGUGCCCUGGCAGCAGGAGAAAGGCAGAAAUAGGCUCUACUUCUCACUCAGCUGCAAGGAAAUCCUUGCUUGUUUAUGUGCAUGUUAGAGCAGCUCAGAGCAAUGCUGGUUCUGCUCUGAAGAAAGGAAGAGACUGAAGAGAGGGGAUUUAUCUGAGAAUAAACAUCCCUGGCAAGGCAGCGCUUUUAGCUCUUGAGGGAAAUCAUUCUCUUUAGCUGGAUGGGUAAAUAUUUGUCUGCUCCUCUCUGUGAUGGAGGGGAUGGGGUUCAGUGUGGGCUCUGCAGAGCAGCGAGCAGAGCUGCCGUGGCACACUCAUGCUUUGGUGUGUGUCCUGUGUUUUUCCCCUCCAAAUCCUCACCUGUGCUGUUCUGGAGCAGUGGGAUGCUCUGGCCUGUGUUAGCUGGGCUCAGAGUCCCAGGGAGCACCAUUGCAUCUGGUCAAGUUUUCCAGACUCUUCCAGCUUGAGGAUGAUUUCCUUGAAAGGAAUUUCUCAUUUGGGGGAAUAGCACAUCUCUUUGGUCUCCAGGAGAUAGAUUUCUUUGUCUUGCUCAGUUAAUGGCUCUAGGCCUUUGGUUUUGGGGGGUACUGCUAAGUAAAAUUCCUGGUCAAGUCUCUUCUGUCCUGCACUGAGGAAUGCCCAGUCCAUGUCUUUAACCCUUUGGGCAGGAAUGUGCUGCUGUGAAUGUCACACUUGCAAACAGAUGAGGUUUUCAGCAUCAGGGCUGCUGGUGGGAAAGCUGACUUUGUGUAGGGCUGCAAGCAGAGGGAGCCUGGUGGGGGACAGUGUUGCUGCUCCAUGCAAAACAAACUGUGGCUCCAUAACACGACUUCCAGGGUGGGAUUUCAUUCCUUAUUUAUUGCCAGACUUGCAAGGAGGAGCUGCUGAGAGAAAUUUCAUGUUCCCUCAGCACAAUUCUGCAUCCUGAAGCCAUCAGCAGCGCUGCCAUGGGGGAAUUUCUCCAUUUGUGGUGUGUGGCUGGGAGCUCAUUUGCUCUCCCCAGCUCAGUGCUUUCCCUCCCAUCUUACCCAAAAACCCCAGGAGCUUUGUCCCACCAGCCCAGGGGCUUUGUUCCAGCCCCUUAGAGGCCCAGGCUCCCCCAGGGUUGGGGAUCUCAGUAAAUUUCCCAAGGCAGGAGGGCUGUGCUGGGGAAUGCCACAGAGCCCAAGCACUUCUGGUGUGCAGCAGAGAGACUGGAAAGGAGAGCGUGGAGGGUUUGUGUGGAAAUAGACCUUGGUUUAGGUGCCAAACUUCUCUGCUUUAGCAGGGCCCAUUUGCAGUGGAGUUUGCUGAGCAAAGCAGUGCAAGGCAUUCCUUUCUGGGCCAGAUCCUCCUACACAAGUCCAUGCUUGGCUCGAGUCCCUCCCAGGCUGAAUUAACCUGGAUUAUGCCAUGACCCUGUUGCUCUGAAUGCAGCCUUCCAUGGGAUGAGGGAAGGAAAGCAGCUCAUCAGUCGCUGCCUUGCUCCUUCCCUUCCUGAAGAAAAGCCAUGUACACUCAGAGCUGCUGCUGGCAGAGCCCAGACCCUCCAUCCCAUCAAUCAAAGCGUUCCCAAAAAAUGGUGUAAAUUCAAGAAGACAUGAAUUGCAACUCUUGAGGGUAUAAUACAGAUCCUCUGUGCCGUAAUUUUGCUGCUCUUUCUGAUUUCUAGGCCUGUUCUGUUGGUAUUUCAGUCUCUCGUUGCACUUGAUGUUGAACCUCUGCCCCUGUAUGUGCUCUGCUAUGAUUCCAGCAUGAUGUAAAUGCACUCAGUACUGUGACAGCACGUGGCUGUUGCACUGUAAAUAUGUACCAUGAAGAGAGAGGCUAUUUUUUGCAUGCUUUUGUACCGUAGACCUGAUGAGAAAAUGACAAUAAAUUCCACAGAGAUGA